AAAGAAAACCAAUUCAAAAGAAAGCAUUCAGUUAUUAUCAGUCUUAACGGUCACAUUAAAAGCGAACCCUCAACGGUCAAUUUAGUUUGAAAAAUGUGACUCUGUUCUUCACAAAACCUAAAAAUAUCAGUCGACUCUAUCUUCUUUGUUUUCCUAACAUUCUCAUUCUUUUACUUGGACAUAAUUUGGGAACGGUAAUGGCGUCCAUGAAACUUGCAGAAUCAUCAAAAGUGAGGGUCAUAGUGAGAGUGCGUCCCUUUCUUCCUCACGAGAGCCCCCAACAGAACCCUUGCGUGUCCGUUCUCCUCGACCAGGACUGCGACUCUGCGCAAGAUGUCACUGUUUUUCUCAAAGAUAAAGAAACAAGCCGGAAGGAGUGCUACAGAUUGGACUCGUUUUUUGGCGAAGAGGACAACAAUGUCAGUCAGAUCUUUCACAGAGAAGUGAGCCCUUUGAUUGAGGGAAUAUUUCAGGGAUGCAAUGCAACUAUAUUUGCAUAUGGAGCUACUGGUAGUGGAAAGACCUACACCAUGCAGGGAUCAGAUGAGCAACCUGGUCUAAUGCCGCUGGCCAUGUCAACAAUCUUGUCAAUGUGCCAGAAAACUGGACGCAAAGCAGAAAUUUCAUACUAUCAGGUCUAUUUAGAUAGGUGUUAUGACCUCUUAGAACUUAAAGCAAAGGAAAUUGCUGUGUGGGAUGACAAAAAUGGACAAAUUCAUCUCAGUGGACUGUCACGGGUCUCUAUAGCCUCCAUGGCAGAAUUUCUUGACGUAUUUUCUUGCGGAGUUCAGCGGCGGAAAGUAGCUCACACAGCAUUAAAUGAUGUCUCUAGUAGGAGUCAUGGUGUGCUUGUGAUCUCAGUUUCCUCUCCUUCAGUGGAUGGCUCCGGAGAUGUCCUUAUAGGAAAGUUGAACCUUAUAGAUUUAGCAGGAAAUGAAGACAACAGAAGAACUUGCAAUGAAGGGAUUCGUCUCCAAGAGAGUUCCAAGAUCAACCAAUCUUUGUUUGCACUGUCAAAUGUGAUUUAUGCACUGAACAACAACAAAGCCAGGGUGCCUUACCGUGAUAGCAAACUUACUCGGAUAUUGCAGGAUUCUCUUGGUGGAAAGAGUCGAGCCUUAAUGGUGGCUUGCUUGAAUCCAGGAGAGUACCAGCAAUCUGUCCAUACUGUGAGUUUAGCUGCUCGGUCACGAAAUAUUUCCAACAUUGUUCCUUCAACUAAGCAAGAGACUCCAAACAUUAAGGUCAACAUGGAAGAGAAAUUGCGUGCUUGGCUCGAAUCGAAAGGGAAGUCAAAGAGUGCUAAUAAAUUUGGAGCUCUUAAUUCUCCUUUCAUGGGGAAAAAUUCAACUUCUGUUAAGAAACCUAGUUUCUGUAAUAGCUCUUUGAAAGCCAAAGUUGCCACCAAACGUGGUGCCUAUAAUGAAAACGACAGAGAAAGAAACACCGCUGUGCCUUUCACUAACUUGUUUGAUGAGGAUCUACAGGAAUAUUGGUCAAAAACUUUGAAAGAAGAAAAUUUGAAAAACGACUCAAUUCCCAUUCGCGGAGAUGAAAAAGAGGAGAGAGAGGAAGGCGCUCAUGGGAUUGUAACAGAAUCAAGUAAUAAACAUUUGCCAGGCGAGCCAUUAAAUCAGGACAAGAGCCCGGCCACGGUUGUUGCAUCUUCACCUGUAAGUGGGAAAAAAAACACAUUGAGGAGUCCUUUGAGAAAUGUUCUUUUUCCCAUCAACACCAAUAUAAGUCAAAACAAUGCCAAGGAAUUCUCGUUCACAGAAAAACCAUGUGACCUUUUUGAGCCUAGUACUCCAAAAACACCUUCAAUUUUCACCUGUACAAAUACCAGACUACAAAAGAUUGCAACCCCACUGGAUAAGCUGAACUCUCGAGGUUCUAAUCUAAAGGACUUCCUGGCUCAAGAGUAUGUCCAUUUCUUGAAUACAGCCAGCAGGGAUGAGUUGCUGGAGUUAAAGGGGAUUGGGGUAAAAAUUGCAGAGUACAUACUAGAGCUGAGAGAGACAAGUCCAGUAAAAUCGCUUAACGAUUUGGAGAAGAUAGGCUUGUCAUCUAAGCAGGUAAUUUUCACUUUAUGUACAACAUGUGUUUUAGACCCAUAUUAUUAUAGUAUAGAGAAGAUAGGCUUGUCAUCUAAGCAGGUACGCAACUUGUUUAGCAGAGCAACAAGGGCGAUAUUUGAGACAGAGAAUUACAACUACUAGUUGUUUAUUCUGUAAACUGGCUAUGGUGUGUUAUUGAUUGUGUUAUGAAACGACCAUCCUUAUCCUUAUCCGUAGUACUAUUGCUGUUGAAAUACUGUAACUUGUGAAUUGAUCAUCCUCAUCGGAUUAGAUGAUUAUUCUAGAUGCUUGUAAUUCUUUAUUUUUUUUUAUCUAUUUUUCUUUUUGGAUCUAACAGAUGUUUUUAAUUCUUUAUUGUAAAAUUUGUUCUCCUUGAUAUUCUAAGAGAGCUUUUAGGUUGUGGAGAAAGGACAUGAGUUUAGUUAGUGUUCACUAUUAUUAUUGUAUAAACAAGUUCAAAGUUCAAAAAAGGAGUCGUCAUUUUCAAUUUCCCUUCAAUUAUUUAUGGCCCAUGUGAGACUGAUAAGGCAGUAUGGCUAAGCCUAAUAAAAAACAACACAUGUAAAGCCAAGUAAAGGUGACGAAUUCCGUUUAUCUUCAUCACUAAAGUCUUUAAGAAGUACCAAUAUUAUUGUAUCAACCAUUAUCUUCACUUUCACACUUUCUCCGUAUCUUCUUUUUCUUUUUCUUUUUUUAAAGAACUAGUGCACUAGUUUCCUUAUUUCAUUUGAGUGAUGAUAUGUAUAGAUUUCAAUCUCACACACUGAAAUUAAUCCCAUUUAAGUUAAUAUUCAUUGAAAAGAGAAAGACAUCAAAGAUCAAUCAUGAGUUUCUUUCAUCCAUUUUCAUCAAAAACUCAUCAAAGACACACAUACUUUAGUACAGGAACAAGACCAAGAUCAGUUGAGAUGAACAAACUAAGUAACGAUAACAUUAGCUUAAUCACUCUUAAUUUGGCGAAUACCAAAAGAAGCCAGGACUACUUUAUUCUAGUUCAUGAAAAGAGUCCAACAAACAACAGUACCAAACACACUCGUUAAAAUCUCAACAUAAUACCAUAACAUUAUUUAUUAUAAGAAAUUCCUUGAUCUUCUUCUAAAGAUGAGCGAUCUCAUUUACAAGUGCAUGGGUCGCACUUGCAGUUGUCUCCACACUUGCAUCCGUUCUCUGCUACCUCGCUCAUCUCAGAACCCUCCAAUUGU